GCGACCCGAGCCGAGGGCACCGAACCCGCCCGGGACAGCCCCGAACCCGCCCGGGACAGCCCCGAACCGGCGCCACCCGCCCGCCGCGACCCCCCCGGAGCCACCGCGACCCCCGGGACCCCCGGAAUGUCCAACGCGCACUUCAACCGCGGCCCGGCCUACGGGCUCUCGGCCGAGGUGAAGAACAAGCUGGCCCAGAAGUACGACCCGCAGCACGAGCGGGAGCUCCGUGCCUGGAUCGAGGGGACCACGGGGCGCCGGAUCGGGGACAACUUCAUGGACGGGCUCAAGGACGGCGUCAUCCUCUGCGAGCUCAUUAACAAGCUGCAGCCGGGCUCGGUGCCGAAGGUGAACGAACCCGUCCAGAACUGGCACAAGCUGGAGAACAUCGGGAACUUCCUGAGGGCCAUCACGCGCUACGGGGUGAAGCCCCACGACAUCUUCGAGGCCAACGACCUCUUCGAGAACACCAACCACACCCAGGUGCAGUCCACGCUGAUCGCCCUGGCCAGCCAGGCCAAGACGAAGGGGAACAAGGUGGGGCUGGGGGUGAAGUACGCCGAGAAGCAGCAGCGGCACUUCCAGCCCGAGAAGCUGCGCGAGGGCAGGAACAUCAUCGGGCUCCAGAUGGGCACCAACAAGUUCGCCAGCCAGCAGGGCAUGACGGCGUACGGGACACGGCGGCACCUGUACGACCCCAAACUGGGCACGGACCAACCCCUGGACCAGGCCACCAUCAGCCUCCAGAUGGGCACCAACAAGGGCGCCAGCCAGGCGGGGAUGACGGCGCCGGGCACCAAGCGGCAGAUCUUCGAGCCGGCGCUGGGCAUGGAGCACUGCGACACGCUGACCAUCGGGCUGCAGAUGGGCACCAACAAGGGCGCGUCGCAGACGGGCAUGACGGUGUACGGGCUGCCGCGCCAGGUCUACGACCCCAAGUACUGCGGCGGCCCCGAGCUGCUCGGCCUCGACGGCUGCGACGGCCACGGCGGCCACGGCGGCCUCUACAACUCCCAGUAGCCGCCGCCGCCGCCGCCGCCGCCGCUUGCACCGCGACACCGCUGACACCGGCAGCACCGCGCCGCGCCGCGCCGGGGGGACCGGCACCGGGGCUGAUAGCGGGGGGAACCGGGGAACCGGCACCGGGGCUGAUAGCGGGGGGAACCGGGGA